AUGUCAGAACAAUCAUUCAUCUACGUGUGCAAUAAACUACGACCGGCUCUGGAGCGACAACAUUCAACUUUCCGCCAAUGUGUGUCAUUAAAGAAGAGGGUGGCAAUUGCACUGUGGAAGCUGGCAACUGGAUCAGAGUACAGGAGUGUCGGACAUCUUUUUGGUGUCAGCAUCACUACGGUGUGUAGAUGUGUGCAGGAGUUUUGUGCUGCAGCAGAGACAUUGUUGGUGCCAGAACAGAUCCGUUUUCCUGAUGAAGAGAAGUUCAGAGAAAUGGCCCUUUACAUUGAGAACCGGUGGGGGCUCCCACACUGUGUGGGUGCUAUUGAUGGCAGUCAUAUUCCCAUCAUAGCACCACAGCACUAUCACACUGAUUAUUUUAAUCGAAAAGGUUGGCAUUCCAUCAUCCUGCAAGCUGUUGUGGAUGGAAGAGGACAGUUCUGGAACGUGUUUGCUGGAUUGCCAGGGAGCCUGCAUGAUGCCAGGGUUCUGAGACUGUCCACGCUGUGGGAGUUAGCCACGAGAGGAAACCUAUUCCCAGCUCAUUUCAGGACCAUUGGCACAGCGACUACUUGCUACUACGUCCUGGGUGACUCAGCUUAUCCAUUGCAGGACUGGCUGUUAAAACCAUUUUCUGACACUGGAAGACUAACAGCAGAACAGCAGAUAUACAACCAAAAAUUUUGCAGUACACGGGUUGUUGUUGAAAAUGCGUUUGGUAGGCUGAAGGGAAGAUGGCGUUGCCUUCUUAAAAGGAAUGACUGUGAUGUUGAACUUGUGAAGUCCAUGGUGCUGACCUGCUGCGCUCUACAUAACCUGUGUGAAAGUCAUGGAGAGACGUACGAGACCGUACUGGAUGAACCUGAUGCAGAAGCAGCUGCCCAGCCACCCCGCAUGGCUGUGACACAGGAAGUUGGGGAAGGAAGAGAUGAUGUCAGAAAUGCUCUAAUGGAGCAUCUCAUGAUAAAUCAUUCAUUCUCAUUUGAUUAA